CACGCCCUCAGCCCGAACCUCAGCACCACAUCAACCACUGCAGCGUCUCCACCAACGCUCCACCACGCCCACAACCACAAAGACGACAUCAACUGCAGGCCAGCCUCCUCAGGGCUGAACCCACCGCAAGCAUGACGACAAUGGAUCUCCGCGUCGGCAACAAAUACAGAAUCGGCCGCAAGAUUGGAAGCGGUUCUUUCGGUGACAUCUAUCUUGGCACCAACAUCAUCUCGGGUGAGGAGAUUGCUAUCAAGCUCGAGAGCGUCAAGGCCAAGCACCCGCAGCUCGAAUAUGAAGCCCGCGUCUACAAAUCCCUCGCUGGUGGUGUCGGCAUCCCGUUUGUGCGCUGGUUCGGAACCGAGUGCGACUACAAUGCCAUGGUUUUGGACCUGCUCGGCCCUUCUUUGGAGGAUCUCUUCAACUUCUGCAACCGCAAGUUCUCCCUGAAGACGGUCCUGCUCCUCGCCGACCAGCUCAUCUCCCGCAUCGAGUACAUCCACGCCAAGUCCUUCAUCCACCGUGAUAUCAAGCCGGACAACUUCCUCAUGGGCAUUGGCAAGCGCGGCAACCAGGUCAACGUGAUUGAUUUUGGUCUGGCCAAGAAGUACCGUGACCCCAAGACUCACUUCCACAUCCCGUACAGAGAGAACAAGAACUUGACUGGUACCGCCCGCUAUGCCAGCAUCAACACCCACUUGGGUGUCGAACAAUCUCGCCGUGACGACAUGGAGUCCCUCGGCUAUGUCAUGCUCUACUUCUGCCGCGGUUCCCUCCCCUGGCAGGGGCUGAAGGCGGCCACCAAGAAGCAGAAAUACGACCGCAUCAUGGAGAAGAAGAUGACGACGCCCACCGAGGUUCUCUGCCGUGGCUUCCCCAAUGAGUUUGCCAUUUACCUAAACUACACCCGCUCCCUGCGCUUCGACGACAAGCCGGACUACUCGUACCUCCGCAAGAUCUUCCGCGACCUCUUCGUCCGCGAAGGCUUCCAGUACGACUACGUCUUCGACUGGACCGUCUACAAGUACCAGAAGAACGCCCAGGCCAUCGCCCAGGCUGCCAACCAGGGCCAGGGCGAGGAAGACGACAAAGGCCGUGGGCGCCACGUCACCACCACAGCCGCUGCUAAUGCUGGUACUGCGUCUGGUACCAAGCGCGGACCGGUCAAUGCACGCCAGGAGGGCACCGGAAUGUGAGUUCGACAUAUCUGAUCCUCACAGACUUUACUAACCUGUUUUCCUUGUUCAGGCAGCUUCGUUCGGCCAAUAAGCGUGGCGGGGACCAGUAUGCAGCUGGUGGCUACUGAUUCUUGAUGCGGCUUUCGAUUCGUCAUCUCAACUC